AUGACGGAGAAAACGAAAACCAUGAGUCACGUGAAACAUAUUCCGAAAGAUGCCCAAGUUAUAAUGUCCAUUAUGAAAGACAUGGGGAUCACAGAUUACGAACCGAAGGUUAUAAACCAAUUGCUCGAAUUUACGUAUCGUUAUGUUACUUGCAUAUUGGACGACAGUAGAAUUUAUGCAAAUCAUGCUAAAAAGAAGUUCAUCGAUUUAGAUGAUGUUAGGUUGGCAGUUAAGAUGCAGUUAGAGCGUACGUUCACAAAUCCACCGCCAAGAGACGUGUUAUUAGAUGUUGCUCGAGCGAAAAACAAUAUACCACUUCCAUUUGUCAAGUCGAACACUGGCUUAAGAUUACCACCUGACAGAUUUUGUUUGAAUGCAACGAAUUAUAAACUUAAAAAUGUGACAAAGAAGAUUGUUGGGAAACCGUUACAUCCUUUGGUCGGGAACAACAUCCAAGGUGGUCAAUCUAAAAUCAAAGUUGAAAGUAAUAAAUCUGGUCUUUCCAUAGUUAAAAGGCCAGGGACACUUGCAACGGUUGCUAGAACUCAAAGUAUUUCUAUGCCAAAACCGGUGCUGAAGUUUUCAACAGCUGCCGGAGGAGGUACUGUAAAAGCACAAGUAGGUAAACCAAAAAUACAGAUUUCCUCAGGGCAAACAAUGCCUCCUGUUAAAAUAGAAGUUGAAGAUUCCAUGAAAAGGAAAAGAGAAGAUGAUGAUUACGAUGUACCAUAA